AGACAAACGGAGCAAGGGUUUUUAAAGAGUUCCGGGGGUGUGAUAGAAGGGUUUCAGGGAACCAUAAAAGAAAACAGUAACUUUUAGGGAAGAAGAAAGAAGAAGAAGAGAAAGCGAAAGAGAAGGAAGAAGAAGACAUGGAAGCCAUAACCGAAGGAGUGAAGAAGGUUAACAUCAACAACAACAGUGAUAACAAUAACCAGAAGAGGAACCGUAUCCAAGUCUCCAACACUAAGAAAUCCCUCUUCUUCUAUGUCAAUCUAGCCAAGAGGUACAUGCAGCAAUACAACGAGGUGGAACUUUCUGCUCUUGGGAUGGCAAUCGCCACUGUGGUUACUGUUGCCGAGAUUCUUAAGAACAAUGGAUUUGCUGUGGAAAAGAAAAUCAGGACCUUGACUAUAGAUAUGAGGGACGAGCCAGGUGCACGACCAGUACCAAAAGCAAAGAUUGAAAUCGUGCUGGGCAAAACGGAUAACUUUGAUGAGCUGAUGGCUGCGGAAGCGGAACAAAGAGAAUAUGGAGAGAACGAGGAGCAAAACUAAACAAUUAUUCCUGUAGUCUUCAUUGUCUUCGAGUCUCUUCAGUGGAGUUUUGAUCUGUUGUUCUAUUAACUCGAGUAAAUUUAAAAACUUAAUUAGUUUUACACUGCUGUUAUCUAUUUUGGUGUUCAUUUAAUCAAAUAUUCUACAUUUUAUUCUGCUAAAAUUUACUUUGGAGUUCUCUGCUUGAGAUACUGUAUGUUUGCUACAUGGGAAUUCAUUGAAUCUUUGGUGUCCAUCUCUCGGUAUGAAUAUGAAUUGGCAGGGGUCAAUUUGACACUACUUUCUUCGUGUAUCUUGUUCUCAGUGAUGGUGAUGCCAGGUUGAAUCCAUAUUCUAUGUCAGACUUGAAAUUCUGUUUCAUUAGGGUUAACACCAGUGAAGAACUUUUGAAAUUACACGAGAAACCUUUCCUGUGUCCCCCUUCAUCUCUACCUUUGUUCCCCUGAUUUCUGGAUAGCAUGUAUAUUGCCAAAUACUGUAUGAUAAGGCACUAGCAUAAACACACAGAAUUUUAUCUAAUCAGACAGCAUUAAGUUCUAAUUCUUCAUAUUGAAGACAUUAAUGUCUCCAAACUUUGUUACCUGAUUUUCACAAAACUCAGCUUCAGAACAUGAUUCUUUAAACCAGGAAAACAAAAAUGAGAACCACUGAACGGUAAUCUCCCCCAACAAACUAACAAGCCUGAGCUCCAUGGCACAAUCCUGGGCAGCAAAAUUCAGCUGGGAUGCACAAGUAUACAAAAUGAAGUUCAUGUUGCGAAAACAAAAUCAUUUUCCUACUUCAAAUGGUUGUACAUUUAUCUCCCGAUUAGUACUGAUAUCUAUAUUAAUGUUCUCUACUCUUCAUCUUCUUUCUCUACCAAUAUCCUCUUACAUGCUUCAUAACACAUGAAUGAAAUCCCUGCAGCUGGUACAAGCUUCAUACAGCUCGGUCCAAGCCCUUUAUAAAGACCUUGAAUCCCUUCUUGUUCGAGUAUGCAGGCAAGGGCAUGUAUCACAUUGUUGUAGGCUUGCCUGCCACUAACUGCUCCUACCUGCAUGUGCUUUCUGGCUACCUCAAGCGGGAAAGUAGCGCUACUGGAAAUAGCGCCAGCCGCAGAGCCAAUCAAAAGGGUUUCAAUAUUCCCAAUCUUUUCUUGUUUGGCAAUUUUUCUGUAUAACUUCCGCAAGGUAUCAUAGGCAAAGUAAUUUGUCGCAGCAUAUGGGAUCACUCCAAUAAGACUAGGAGCAAGACCUCUGUAAAGCUCUCCAGGUCCACCCUCUUCUAAUAUUUUGACAAAUGCAUCCAAUAAACCAUUAUAAACUCCCCUCUGCAAAUUAGCACAAAGCGUAAGAAGGGGAAAAAGUAAAAAUAAAAAGACGAUACAUACGUUGGUCUAAAGAAAAUCUGAACAGUUUGCAGCUAGGAAAAUUGGUUUGAUUCUACCUGUAUUGUUAGUCGUGUCUUGAUUAACUCGAGAGGAUAUGUCACCAAAGUGGAACUCACUCCAGCACAGGCUCCUGCAAUUAGUGAUGCAGGUAAAGGCAGUUUGGACUGUUCUCCGGCCUUUGGUGACAGAUUCUUAUUGACAGUAUCAUAAGCAAACAGCUGCAAACAACAGAAAAACUUUCAACCAGCGAUUUGAGGAAUCAUACAAUAGGCUUAAUAUCAAUCACUGAUUAAGGGGCACACUACUAAAACUGCAUUUAAUUUGCAUUUGAAUUCCACAUCCAAUAUUAAGUAAGCAGAAUGGUAAUCCCAUCAGAACUCAGUAAUAUCUUUAGGGUCAAAUGCCGAUAGAAAGAGUCCAACAAAAAGCACAGAACUUGAUAUAAUAGAAUAAGCAUGCACAAUUCUGAUAUGGCAUUUGUACCGAAAAGAAGAGUUUGAUAACAAUGAGUAUUGUACAUCGAUAUUUCAUACACAGAUGGCAAAAGAACCACGGAGACAGCCCUGUCAUGAUUCGCCCCUCCCAUCUGAUGUAUGGUAUACAAAUUACGAUGAUGUGGAGUUCCAACCACAUUGCUUGAGGAGAUUCUUACAAUGACAAAGGAAGUGUAAUUGAUGAGUCAAUGAGAACACAAAAAAAAAAAAGCAUAAACAAGGUUCCAGGGAUAAGGAUAAAGUUGCAGGUCCACAAAGCCCACUUAACUCAUAAAAUGAAAAGUUGAAAAUACCUUCUUAGGAUGGAUUACAGCCAGCAUGUGUAAUAAUUCAAAGCUAAUAAACUCAAGUUUCAUGAAAAACUCUAAACUCUUAUACACAAAACUAGAGUAAUCAAAUUCAGAACUCAUCCUAGUACGACAAAUGGACAGACUAUAAUCUUGUAAGAAAUGUGAAUACAACUACAUUCUGAAAAAAUAGCAUCCUCAUUACACAAAAACAGCAAAAUAAAACAAUGAUAAGUAGAAUGUUUUUUUUUUUCCGGCUUUUACCUCAAUGGCUUUGCUGGGGGCAACUCUGAUCACAUUAACCAGAUUGCCCCGAAACAAUCCUUUCCAACCAUCAUGCUCCAUUAUAUUAUUGAAUACCUCAAUAACAGAAUGGCCGCUACUCCCGACCAUCAGAUGAGUUCGUAUUGUCUCCAAUGGUGCAACAGCAGUCCUGGAAACUGCACCAGCAAUCGCCCCACUAAUCAACCUCCUCAAUGAAGGAUUUGCAAUCUUAACCUUGAAUUGCUUCCCACCCCUUUUCUUCUUAACCCCAAACUCCUCCUGUGAUGGCAAAUAUUUCACAUAAAAAUCAGUGUAUGGUAACUUAAAACCUUCUUUUUCCCCGUUUCUGGAAUGCUUAUCAGGGGAAGAAGAAUUUUGGGAAACACCAACUCCCAUGUUCUUCCCCAUUUGGCCUACAGAUGCAAAGAGACCACCAACUCCAGGAGGGUAAAUUUUAUUCUUGCAAUCAUCAUCAAUUGGGAGUAAACUACAUUCAAACAAACCUAAUUGAGAAUUUGGCAAAAAUCCACCGCUUUUCCACUCCAAAGACUCCAAUUUUAUUCUCCCCAUCUCUCAAUACCUUCGUUAUAAAAGAAAUAAAAAUUACCACUUUAAAAUAAUCUAUAAAAGCUCAGGUGGUGAUAAAAAUCUCACGUUUGGAAGCAAUUUGGGAAGCAACACAUUUGAUUUCGGCCAAGAGGGUGGUGAAAAAAUCCAUUCGUGACCAUUGAAUACACAAACAAUUGGUUGGAUUCGCCCUAUAAAAAAAAAAAUAAAAAUUGAAGGGAAUAAACCAAAGCAGCUUUACUCAAAGUGGGUAAGGGAAGGGAGCUUUGAAAAAAUGUGAAUUUAAAAAUCAAACAAUUGGAGCAAUCUUCGACAGAUAUUAUAACUGUUUUUGGAGGAAGAAGUGAAGGUGGUUGGACUCUGUCACUUUGGUUCUUUUUCUGCUUUUCACCCUAUUUCCU